AUGUCGGGUCUCGGUGCGUACCUAUUUGUGAUUUUAGCGUUAAGCAAUUUUGUGUCUUGUGAAAAAGCAGUAAUAUGUUACUAUGGAACAUGGGCCACAUAUAGAAAUGGCCUUGGCAAGUUCGACGUAGCCAAUAUAGACCCUCAUCUCUGCACUCAUUUGAUCUACGCAUUCGCUGGUAUUGAUGAUAAAGGGACGCUGAAGUCUUUGGAUCCUUAUUUAGAUCUACCUGAUGGUGGUGGACGAGAUAACUUUGGCAAAUUCAACGCUUUAAAGAAGAAAAAUUCAAGUUUGAAAACACUUCUGGCCGUUGGUGGAUGGAACGAAGGGUCCGCUAAGUACUCAACAAUGGCAGCCAGUCCAACACUGAGAAAAAACUUCGUAACCAGCGCCUUGCAAAUGAUCACAAAACACGGCUUCGAUGGUCUAGAUAUGGACUGGGAGUACCCUAACCGAAGAGACACAGUCCACGGCCAAGCAGACAUUGAUAAUUUCACCACUCUGCUUAAAGAAAUAAAAGCUGUUUUUGACAAGCAAGGACUGUUGCUUACUGCUGCAGUUUCUUCAGUAAGAUCGGCGGCGUCGCAGUCUUAUAAUGUUGCCGAAAUCUCAAAAUACCUGGACAUGAUACAUAUUAUGACAUACGAUAUGCACGGAUCAUGGGACUCUGUCACUGGUCACAAUGCACCUAUCCAUCAAGGAGAAGGAGACGAGGGUGCGAUUCCAGAAAACCUGUUCAACGUAGAACAAUCUUUGAAAUACUGGAUUGGAGCUGGAUGUCCACCAGAGAAAAUAGCUCUAGGAGUUCCAUUUUACGGUCGCACCUUUAAAUUAAAGGAUGCUAACGACAAUGGUGUAAGGGCUCCAGCUGCAGGAGAAGGAAUAUCUGGACCAUACACUGCCACUUCAGGCUCCAUAGGUUACAAUGAGUUCUGCCAGAAACUUCAAACCGAAUCCUGGACGCAACGCUUCGACUCACUCGCAAAAGUACCUUACGCAGUCAAGGACAAAGAUUGGGUCACCUACGAUGAUGCUAACUCUAUCACUGCCAAAGUCAACUACGCCAAGAGUUUAGGCAUCAAUAAGAUCAUGGUAUGGAGCAUAGAAACUGAUGAUUUCCAUGAUGUUUGUGGCAAAGGCACUAACCCUUUGCUUAAAGCUAUUAAUACUGCUUUGAGGAAGUAA